GGUUUUCAUGGUCUCUCCCGGGGUUUUGGGGUUUUACGCAGCCCCUAUGGUGCGCACCGCCACAAAAGCUGUUGGGAUGACCUCUCGCAUGGUCCGGCCUGCCGCUGCAGCAAUUUUUUCGUUGGCAAUUUCGUCGCGGCGCCGGACAUAGCCCCAAAAUCCAGCAGCCCCCGCACGAUCGCGUUUCGCACGAUACCCGGCGCUGCGUACGCCCGCGGCGCUUCGGCGGCGUCCACGCCAUGCCCGUCGACGCUUCCGAGCCGCCCACCUUGUUGUGGUGACCGUUUAUGCACAUGCGCCCGCGCCGCGACGGACGCGAACUAAAGUUGCCGGGAGAAAGACGGCGGACGGCGCACGAAAUUUGGGCGAGAAGGAGCGGGCACUUUUCAAUGCCCGCGACCGCUUUACAUAGGUCGGAAUCUUACCUAUCCCGUCCCGUGGCACCUUUCAAUGCCGCGGGCCGGGCCCUGGAAAGGCC